AUGAAAAUGUCCUUGGACGAUUAUUUACAAGGUGAUGCAAUUCUUCCCAUGUUCGUAGAGAAGUGCAUUGUGUAUAUUGAAGAGAAUGGUCUCGGUUCAGAAGGACUGUACAGAGUACCUGGAAAUAAAGCUCAUGUAGAAUUACUGCUGCAGAAAUUUAAUGAAGAUCAUACUUUGGUUUUCACUGAUUUGGAAAUCUCUGUCAACGAUGUGGCGACAGCUGUGAAAACUUUCUUCCGUGAGCUGCAAGAGCCACUGAUCCCUAACAAACUUAAUAACGAAUUUAUAAGUGCAGCAGGUAUCCAUGAUAAAACACGUCGCCUUCAAGCUCUGAGAGAAGUGCUCCAGAAGCUUCCUGCUGGCAACUACCGCGUGCUUAAAUUUAUCGCCACACAUUUGAACAAAGUGACAACACUCAGUGAUGUUAACUGUAUGACCAGUACCAAUCUUGCCAUUUGCUGGUGGCCAACACUACUACGGCCAGAGUUCGCCUCUUUGACCGACAUGGCGUCUAGCGCGGGUUCACUCCAGGCUGUUGUCCAAACCAUCAUUGACCACCACGGCUUCUUCUUUGAGUAA